GCAGACAUGAUGGGCGAUUAGAGGAAAAAACCGGGAGGCGUAAGAAGUGGGCGACUGGGAGUACUCGUAGGUAAAAAAGGGUCAACGGGAGCAUGACUAACAUGCCACCUGCCCGAUUACCGGGCACUUGGCGGGACGUCAACGUGGGGGCUCCCAUAGGCUAGCACUGCGGCCGCCAGGAACAGCCCUGUCGGCCAGCAACUAGCAACUGGAGGGCACUCCCUGUAGAGAUGUCGCUCUGAUCGCAUCGGGUUUCGGGAUACCACAAGGCGGCCACGACUUAAACAUGUCACACCCACCUGCCCGCAUCCCGCGGCCGCGGCGCAACCCGGAGGCUUUAACGCCGAAGCCGCCGAGGCCGAUGCCAGCGAAGAGAGAGCUCCGCGACCUGCUGCUGCUGCCGCUGCUAUCUCCUCCUUGCAGCCCCCAGGACGACAACUGAUGAAGACAUGCGACCGGUGAUCCAGCAUGCCUCCCGCCUGCUCACCGAACACGCCGCCCUGACCUUUGCCGCCCGCCCUGUCACCAGCCAAUGCCACUUCCGCGCCUUCUCCGCUUCCCUGUCGCCAAGGUAUAAGAGGCCGUCGCAGAAUGAAUCUCCUUAUAUCUCCUUAGCUAUCCGCCAAUGGUCCUCUACCGUGCGCUCUCUCAAGGGCCGGCUCGAUGCCUCCGAUCCUGACAAGUCAUACCCGUCUCCCGACCCUCAAACUCCCGCAAUUGAAGAUGCCGCAAAGCGUGCCUCCGAGCCAACGGCCCAGGAACCACCAUCGCCGCCCCCUUCUCCUGAAUCCGAGCUUCCGUCUUCAAUCUCGUUGCCUCCACCGCCGUCCUCGGAGCAGUCGCCGGCUCAACCUCAGCCCCUUAAGUCUCAGCCAGAACCUACCGUCAAUCAUGUCCCCAACGAGAAGCUCCCCUCGCACAGGCAAGGCUUGAGAUGGGAGAUAUACAAGCGCGUAUCUGCAAAGGUGGAUGAGGUUCUGCCUAAGCUUCUGGCAGCAGGUCAAAAGGUUAACAAUUACACCGGAACGGAUUACUCUGGCAUUGAGUCGCUGAAGCGAGAGAUUCACCAACAAGAACUUCUUGUCAAGGCUCGCCGCGCCCUCGUCGAAGAGGCCAAGUUACAGGUAGAAUCGGCAAUCUCGCAACAAACGUCCUCCCAGAAAGAAGUCGUCGGACUCCUCGAACGGAAACACUCAUGGUCCGCGGCAGACUUGGAACGCUACAUGGCAUUGAUACGAUCGGAACACCUGAACGAGCAAGCUGUAAGGCAAGCCAAGGACAAGGUUGAAUCGGCUGAGCGCGCGCUCGAAGAGGCCCGCGCCCAGCUCGAGAAGCGCGAAAGGGACCAAUACCACGAGGAGCAAAUCUGGAGCGACACGAUCCGACGGAACAGCACUUGGGUUACAUUCGGCCUGAUGGGCGUCAACAUCCUGCUUCUGCUGAGCCAACUGGUCGUCUUCGAGCCCUGGCGCAGACGGAGGCUAGUCAAGGAGAUCAAGACCGUGCUGGACGAAAGGACCAUGACGCCAUCGGCUGCGACAGUGCCAGCGGGCGUGGCAGCCGCCGCGCCGGCGGAGAUUGCCCCUGUCGACGUGCCCUCUGAGCCCGUCUGCACGGCCGACGAGUCGGCGCAACCCGGCCCAGCGGAACGCGAAGGCGAGCCCUCUGAACCCGCCAUCGAGAGCGCGAUCGACAGCGUGGUCGAACCGGCCGGCGUCCCUCUCGAAGAAGCAACGGCAACGGCAGCGGCGGCAGCGGCAGCACAACCACCAGCCGGCGAGCCCGAGGGCACCACCGCUGCGGAAAACCUCGUCACGGCCGACCUCUCGGGCCCCGAGCCCAGCAUCCCUCUCCCUGCUCCUGCCCCUGCCUCCCCUGCUCCUGACGCCGAUUACGCGCCCAAGCCCUCUUCCGGCCUCGCGUUUCCGCCGGCCCCGCCGCGGCCCGCCCCCGCGUCGCCGCGCGAGCGCAUCGAGUAUUUCGCCGACGACUGCAAGCGCUAUGCGCGCGACCUGUUCAGCGAGCGCGCCGUCUCGGUGCGCCGCGUCGACGUGACCACGGUUGCGCUGCAGGGCGCUGCUGCGGGCGCCGUGUUUGUGGGCUUGGUAGUGCUGUCGGUGUUUGGCUUUGGCGGAGGAGGUGGGUUUGGCGGCAAUGGAUGAUUGACGUACGUGUGUAUAUGUGUAAGGAAUUCGUUUUUAGCGAUGUAUAAAGAAUUACGAGGACGAGUCACGGCUCUAUCUAUUGUUGUUAAGCACUUGUCUAUCACUCUUUGUCUUUGUCUCUAAGAUUGAUGCAAUUGAGGUGCAAAGUGU